UUUUUAUGGUGCGCUGCCCUCUACCGGAUCAUUGCCCCCCUCCAAAGGAGAGGCAAAUUAAAUGGAAGCAGUGAAGCUCAGAAUAUACGCGCAGCCAAACGAGUUUUUAGUACCAAACCACGAAGCUUUUCUCACCAGAGGAAACGACCCGCCAAUACCUUUGACUAAAUUGAGACCAAUCAAACCUUCCCACGUGGCGUCCCCCAUACGGGUAUGAGAAAGCCGCUGGCGAAUCCCGAGCUGCCAGCGUAAUCCCCACAGUAAGGGCUCAGUACCUUUCCGACACUUAGAAAACCCCCAAGCUGCUCUAAAAUUCACAAAUGUUGACGUGUCGUUCGCCCGAAGCCCGUCGACAAAUCGUAACAUAGACGGGACGCACCAAUCCACCACUCCACUGCUCGUAAGUCAAAACCACCCAAAAUACGCAUUAAACCCUCCAAACACACCCCAAUUCCCAACUCCACCAGCCUCCAUUAACAACCCCUCGCAAAACCCAUUGCUCCUCCGCCACCGCUUUAUCUGGACCAUGAUCGCCGCGGCCGCCCCAGCUCCCGCGCCGAAACACCGAGCGCCGCGGUGGACGCCGUCACCGGAAGCCACGUUGUCCCUUCCACAGUCGUCGUCCCCGCCGCCGUCGAAGCUCCCGGUUGAUUUCAGUCCUCCUUUAAUAGCUAUGGUCGUGAUCAUCGCCACGGCGUUCGUUAUCAUCACGUACUCUCGGAUAAUCUCGCGGCACUUUGUGAACACACGCCGCCGGUGGCGGCAGUGGCGUAGGCGGCGGCGGCUGAUGCGGUCCUACGUGCCAUCCUCGGCCGGCGACAUCGAGUCCCCUCCCUACAAUGGAUCCCCCUUCGAUCCAACCGACGGUUUCGACGUGUUGUCGCCCUACGGCCUCGACGAAUCCGUCAUCAAGACCAUUCCUCUCUCCGUUCACACCAGGAAGAGCAGCGUUCACGAGUGCGCCGUCUGUCUGCUCGAGUUCGAAGAGAACGACUACGUCCGGACACUUCCGGUGUGUUACCACGCGUUUCACGUCGAUUGCAUCGAUAUAUGGCUCAGGUCGCAUGCGAAUUGUCCGCUCUGCCGCGCCGGAAUAUUCCGGCCGGAGUCUCCGUUUAUUCCGGUGAUGGCGGCGAGGAUCAGGCCGAGCCUGGACGACAUGAUCGUGGAGAGCGCGAUCCUGGAACCGCUGGCAGAAGCACCGCCGGAGUCGGAGACGACGGUCGGAGAGAUCACGCAGGAGCCGUCUCCGAGACAGAACUAUUCGGAGGACCGUUUCAACGGCCGCGAUUUCCUGCUGAAGCGUUCGUACUCGUUCGGAUUCGAACGGAAUAUAGGAUCGGAGAGGAUAGUUCUGGAGCCCGCCACCGCGUCCCCGUGGAGGUACCGGCGAGGAGGAAGCUUCUGGAGCAAGAGGCCGUCGCCUUUCAGCUCGCUAAGCAAACCGCGAGUGUUCUCGUUCCGAUACUGCAGAGGCAUGAAGUCCCCCUUCUUCCGGCGGCGAGGCGGAUUCUUUCCGUUAUCGGAAUCAAGCUCAAGGUACGCGGGCAGCGGAGGCGGCUCGUCGCGGCGGACCAAGUCGAUGGCCAGUCCGAUGUUCAUGCGGUCGUCGGGGACGGCCGCCGGGCUAUUCUCGUCGAGCCGGCUGAGGAGCGGCGAUCCCGAGGCAUUGCUGUCGCCGGAGAGAUUCAGCAGACGGUGAAGACGACGCCAACACGUAGACAUCCGUACAAAAUCCUGACAAACACAGAUAAAUAUAAAAAUUACAUACAUAUAUGUAUAUGUUGUCAUCGGGAAACGUAUGAAUAGCAGUUGGAAAGUGGAGGCGAUUGCCGGUGAUGGGUGGGUGGCCGGAGGAGGAGGUGGCUGAUCUGAUGGGGUCAGGCGCUUUAAUGGAGAAAUUAAUGAGUUGUGCAGUGGGCUGAAUUCUCAAAGCCUCUGUCAUUUAAUGGAGGGUUGUUGUUGGAGAUUGGAUCAGCAUUUAAUGAAAAUUAAACACGCCAAACAGAGUGUGAGUGUGCGAGUGAGUGAGAGAGAGAGAGAGAGUCGAAGAGAGAUCCAUGGAGGCAGAAUCGAAUCCGAAUGCGAAUCCGAAUCAGACUCACACUCAGGUCCCCAAUCUCUCUCCCUCUCUCUCUCUCUCUCUCUCUCAACUUUCUUUCUUCUUCUCUGUUAAUGCAAACGGCUCUAUUUUCCUUUUUUCUAAGGCGGCUCUUCUUCAUUUUGUCGUAUAUUUAAUGGAAAAAAUCGGAUAAUUCUUUUUU